AUGCCGUCAGUUUGGGCUGUUCCAGAAACUGAGUACGGCAUCGUGCCGGAUGAGGACUACAAUUGGGAAGCCUCUGCGGUUAGUGAGACCGAGCUGGAUGCAGUCCGUGACAUGGGGCCCUCUAGAAAGAAACCCAAGUUCAGGAUGAGAAACUUAUCGACGCCUGGAGCAGACGGUGUUCAUCCACCCAAAGAGGGACGGAGUCUUCCUCGAAAUGUAACCAAGCGCCUCCUCAAUAACGUCCCGUCUGAAACUCGUCGCUCGCUACGCCUAACAUCCAAGUCCCGGUCACACUCGAUCGACCACCUUACAACCUGUCCCCCAGCUGCCAACGUCACACCGCCUGAAAUCCUCUUACAGAUUUUCUACAUGCUGAGUCCACGGGACUUUGAUAAUGCCCGCCGGACAUGCUCGCAGUGGAUGCGAGUCAGUUUGAAUGAGCGUCUUUUGGAAACAAUGCUGAAACGGGCCGGUUGGUGGGAUUCUUGGCUACAAGAUUGCCAGACUCAACGCCCUCAGAAGUAUGGCGAAGAGAGUAAUGUGUGGAAGAUGAGCAGACGGUUCGCCACGGAAUGUGUCUUGUCGGGCCGCAAGGUGAACGUGGAGAGGCCAGGUUUCGUAACGACGGCGGUGGUGGAUUUCUCAGAGCUCGCCGCGGAACAGUCCGGAUCGCGUCGUCCGCCUUACUAUUCGACUUCGCCGGCAAACAGCCCUCUUAGCAGCCAGCUCUCGUCCUCAUCCAAGUUCUAUGCCAGCAACUGCGGAAACUAUGUCCAGGUCGUGUCUGGUCAUAAGAUAUUUGUCUAUCGCCUCAACAGAACUCCCGUCAGUUCCAAUGUUCCAGGGGCUGUGGACAAGUUCGACAUUACACCUCUCACGAGUAUCAUGUGCCCCGACGAAGUCAUCGGUGUAUCUAUGGAUACGAGCACUCCGAAGGUCGUGGUGGCUGUCUUGAUGAGGGGACGAUCAGGUCUGGUUUGUGACCUGGUCCCUGCAGACACCGCUGACGAGUGCGGCUCCGAGCAGCGGACAGGAUUAGGAACCGAGUCUUCUGGAUCAUCCACGCCCUAUAAGAUGCAUCCCAUGAAACUAACGUCUCCGCACUAUUACCAUAACGUCUGUUCCGCUGAAGAUCCACCGCGCAGUGUCUCAAUCUGCCCUGGUCGUCGAUGUGUGGCGUUCGGGUCCGGCAGGGGUAUCGAACUGCACUGGUUUGACGAAAAACGAAAGCAAGACUGCCGCAAGCACUUCCCCAUGUCGCAGCCAUCGGAGGUCCUGCAUUUUCUACAUAACCGACCCGAGUCUUCAACAGAUUUACGCCUCAUUUCUUCGCUGGCAGGACCAGGAGGACAUAAAUGUGAAUGCGACAAAACUCUUCCCGGAGAGAAGCGGCCCGUCUGUCCCCUACACCUGCUGGCGGAUGUUCAGUCUUUCACACGAUGGAACUCCGGGGAUAGCGGGAACCUCAGCCUAGUGAGGGCAACGCACUGUCAUCACUAUCGGGCGAUCCCCAUCAACGACGGACUACACAUCCUGUUCAUCGAGCCACGCACCAGUCUGCUGUGUAUAGGCUCUGAUGCGCCCAUUGGGGGCCCAACAAGCCUUACACGGGCUCUGGUCUGCGUUCCACCCUUCGGAAAGGACCCAUCAGACGCUGCAAAGGAAGGAUUGGUGCCCACGGUUUUUGCGUCAGGCUCCGACUGGAACUGGGGGUUACGCGUCGUGGCGGCCUACGGAGACCGAAUCAUUCUGUAUUCUGUGCCCCUGGACGUCUUCAACGUCAUUCGGAAGGAACGCGAAAGACAAGGCGACGGGGUGAUGGGCGACAGCGAUCUAGCCCGGGACUGGUUCCUGGAUAAUCAGAGGUCGCGCAAACGGCGCGAGAGCCUAGUCCAGAACCAGAACGGGGACUGGGAAUUCCUGCUCAGUGUGAGCUACCGGCCCACGGCGAUGAUGUGGCCGUUCAAGAUCUACGGCAAGGAGAUCGGGCGGAUGGCUAAUGUGGUCGAGUUGGCGCUGCAGGCCUCCCACGGCGGGGCGCGCGUGUGGGCGUUUGGUGCGUCGGGCGAGACGCACGUUAUCGACGUGGACACAUUCAGCUCCGUAUCACAGUCGACGGCUGAUAUCCCGCUGCGGUCGAUGACCGUCGGCGCUGAUGGCAGUCUUGCGUCUGUCAAAUCAACCCGCCGGGCUGAAUCGGAGAUGCUGCCGCCGACGACGUCGCGCAAGCGAAAACAGGCGGAGCUACGGGAUGGGUUCGGUGGCCAGCACUCGCUUCUUCCGCGGACUCAGCAUGUCUUAGGCAUGCAUGGCAUGUUGCAUGUAGGGGAUGCGAUGGCAAGUCGACGCACGUCGUUCGCCGCGUGCAUUGUGGAUUUCAAGAUUCCGGAACUCGGCUCUCGCGAGGGGAAUGCACCCUCAUGUAUCCGAACUUUCAACAUUUCCCCUCAUUCUACCGUUUCGUCCCGCGAUGAACAGUCGAUCGAUGCAACGCACCGCAAUGACGGGGCCAUGGCGGUGGCGACUGCAGAUAACAUCAUCUUGCAUGUUCGUGGCUGUCAACACAGCCGAGGUAUAGUAUCGAACGCAUCCACCACGGAAAGCAGCAACACCUCACAACACCUUCUUCGCCGUCCCAUUGACACCCUAAACGCCCUCCCACAAGCAACCGCACUCUUCCAAACCAGCCCUAGACCAAAAAGCGUGACUUGGGUGUGUGGUCAUUCUGGAGUGAUGUUCGAUUGA